CCAUGGCAUAUGGAAAUUCCCAGGCCAGGGAUGGAUCGAAUCAGAGCCACCCCUGUGGCAACACCAGAUCCUUAAUGCGUCACAGCGGGAACCUCACACGUGUGUGUUUACUUCCUAAGUGGCCAAUGUGGAGGGUUUGCUACCCGGCUUGGUGCUGACCUGGCUUCUCGGACCCACUGGCCACUUGGACAACCUCUUCUGCACUCGUGUUUCUCUCCAUGCUUCCUGUUGGCUUGGAGGAACUCCAUGUUUCCUGCUUGUUUGCCCUUUGUCAUGUUUUAACCGUCUUCCCUCAGGUUGUCCCUUGUCAUUUCACUCCAGAGUAUAUUUUGAUGACAUAGAAGCUCUUAAUUUAGCCAAUUUAGUCUGUUUUAUUUAAAAGUUCUUUUUUGGGUAAUGCUAUUUGGGAUCUUUUUUUUUUUUCCUUUGUUGGCCAGGGGCAGCACAUGGGGCUCCUGGGACAGGAAUCAGAUCCGAGCUGCAAUUGCCACCUGGGCGGAAGCGAUGGCAAUGCUGGAUCCUUACCCUGCUGUGCUGGGCCAAGGAUCGAACCUGAGUCCCAGCACCACUGAUCUCAUGCCACUGAGGGAACUCCCUGGGAUUGGCUUUAAGACAUUUUGUUCCCACCCCAGGAUCAGAAAGAGAUUCUUACAUUUUCCUCUAAACAUGAAGUUUCACACGACUGUUUCACAGCCCUGCUGCCCAGGUUCAAACCCUGGAGCCUGUUGCCAGAGGCUGUUCCCCCACCGCUGGCAUCUCACCGUCACCAACAGACCCGCGUCUCACCAGACCUCCCCAGGGGCAUGUGCAGUGCCAGGCAAACCCUGCCUGGCUCCUGGCUCCUGGAUCCAAACGAGUGCCCUCUGGCUGUUGGGCAUUAUUUUUUGUCUGGACUUUCAAGAUGAGGGCUGGCUGCCUUUUUCUGGGGUGGAGAGUGUCUGUCCCGGGGCCAGAGGACAGCCAGGCCUCCCUUCUCGGAUGGCCCACCCCUCCGCUGGGUCAGAGCCCCGCCUGUGCUGUCUCGGGGCCGUGGCUUCCCUCCUUUGCUAUCUGGCUGGCCUCCCAUCCCCAUGUUCGCCUUCCAGGAAGUGACCUGGUCUCUUGCUGUUUGUGCUCAGGGAUGUGCUUUGAGACUGAGUGUCCUGGUGUUUCUGACCUUCGACCCGUGCUUCAGCUCCGCUGGCACGUCUCUCCUGGGUGCGGUGUUGGUGGCCAGGUGGUUCCUGUCUCAUCCCAUCCUUCCCGACAUCUGGCCGUUGCCUGAACGGCAGGAAGAGCUCUCUCUUUUCCCGUGUUGCUCUGCCGCGGUGGGUGCAUGGGUUCUAACCCUUCGCUCCCAUGACUCACUUUCUCUCUCAAAGCGCCUGGACGGCGCUGCAGGGGGUUCCAUCCCGCUGGCUCCUGGGUCACUUGGACCUGGAACCUCCCUCUUUCUGGCCCAGCUAAUGCCCGGCCCCAGAUUCAGCCAUUUGUCCAAGGAGGGUGGUGAGGGUCAGUGGAGAAUGAGGCUCAGAAACCAGAGGAGACCCCCUCUGCCUCCAGGACUGGGUGGAGCUGCACGGAAGCAAGGGCCGUGUCCUAUGUCCCCUGGGCUUCCAGCCCUCCGCAGUCUCGGCUCCCGCUCAAAGCGAGAGCUCGGCAUCUGCUUUAUGUCAGCAGCUGUACGUCUCAUCGUUCCGUUUUUUCAUCCUGGAUCAUUUCUUUGGCUGUUUGUCUGCACGACUUCGUCCUGUCUGAGAGCCACCCAGCCCCCUCUGGCCUCCUCCCCGCCCGGUGACCUUUGAUCCCCACCUGCUAAGGUCCCAGGCCCAGUCCCGGAAGCUUUUCUCUGCCUCUCCUUUGGGUGGGCAGGGCCUGCGGCUGGGACCACAUCGAGCACUGUGGGCUGUGUCCAGAAGCAGGACCCCAGGUCAGUUGGUGGCAGCGGUCCUGCCACCCGGGCUGCUCAGGGUGCUGUUGGGACCUUGGAGCCCCUGGGAGCCCGCCUGCCUACACCUGCUGCCCUGCUCCCGACCGCCUGGGCCCUUUUCUGGUGCUUUUCAGAGCAGGCCCUGCUGCUCCGUGGUGGGUGCUCGGCACCCUGUCCUGCCUCCUGCCUCCUGCCUCGUCUCAGGUCUGCGGGCCCCAAAGCGUGCCCGGAAGCUCGGGGCUGCUCCGCUGCUCUCUCUGUUGAGGCCUCAAGGACGGGUAGUUCAUCUACCUCUUCUGGUGGCACCGUGUCGCGUCUCCUCCCGUGACCCGCCCGUGAUGCACUGGCUGUGAGCCCAGCCUGUCGUCCCGGGCAGCUGCGCUCCGCCCGCCGUGGACGUCGCCGUGGUGGACGUCGCGUCCCAGUCGACAGCCUGCGCCCGCCCACCUGCAUGGCCGCCUCCUCUGUCCCCCGCUCCUUGCCGCGAGGUGCCAGCCGUCCCUGAGACAACGCCUCCUGGCCUGGCCUCAUGUCGGCGUCCGCAAAACCUGCGGCCCCAGCAGAGCCGGCCCCCGGCCCCCGAGAGAAGCCUGGGGGGCAGCCGCUCCUGGCCUGGGGCCCUGUGUUUGGCUCCCGGGGUGAGAAGGUUGCGCUGGGCCAGAGCGACGGCGCUGCCGAGCGGGUGCUCACGGUCACCGUGACGGAGACCACCGUCCUCGAGUCGGACCUGGGCGCGUGGGGCGCCCGGGCCCUGCUCUACCUCUCGCUCUGGUUCUUCUUCAGCUUCUGCACCCUGUUUCUCAACAAGCACAUCCUCUCCCUGCUGGAGGGGGAGCCCAGCACACUAGGGGCUGUGCAGAUGUUGUCAACCACGCUUAUCGGGUGUGUUAAAAUAGUUGUUCCCUGCUGUUUAUAUCAGCACAAAACGCGGCUUUCUUACCCACCCAACUUCAUCGUGACCAUGCUGUUCGUGGGUCUGAUGAGGUUUGCGACUGUGGUUUUGGGUCUGGUCAGCUUAAAAAACGUGGCGGUUUCGUUUGCUGAGACAGUGAAGAGCUCGGCCCCCAUUUUCACUGUGAUCCUGUCCCGGAUGGUCCUGGGGGAGCACACAGGGCUGCUGGUCAACCUGUCGCUCCUCCCGGUCAUGGGCGGGCUGGCGCUGUGCACGGCCACCGAGAUGAGCUUCAACUUCCUGGGGUUUUCGGCCGCCUUGUCCACCAACGUCAUGGAUUGUUUGCAGAACGUUUUCUCCAAAAAGCUUCUCAGCGGGGACAAAUACAGGUUCUCGGCGGCGGAGCUCCAGUUCUACACCAGCGCGGCAGCCGUGGCCAUGCUUGUCCCAGCCUGGGCCUUCUUCAUGGACCUGCCAGUAAUCGGGAGGAGCGGGAGGAGCUUCCGCUACAGCCAGGACGUGGUGCUGCUGCUGCUGGCAGACGGCCUCCUUUUCCACCUGCAGAGUGUCACGGCCUACGCCCUCAUGGGCAGGAUCUCCCCCGUGACCUUCAGUGUCGCCAGCACCGUCAAGCACGCCUUGUCCAUCUGGCUCAGUGUCAUAGUUUUCGGCAACAGAGUCACCAGCCUGUCAGCUGUUGGUACCGUCCUGGUGACAGCUGGUGUCCUGCUUUACAACAAGGCCAAGCAGCAGCAGCACGAGGCCAUGCAGUCUUUGGCCAUGGCCGCCGGCCGGAUGCCAGACAACAGCUCCGAGCCACUGCUGCCCGUGGACCCCAGGCCGCACCACUGAGCCCCACCCACCGCCUGUGGGGACCCCUCACCUCUCUUGCUCCCUAGGUAGAGGCAGGCGUGGGCACCCAGCCUCCACAGCCACAGGAGGCCACGGGUGUGCAGCCUUUCCUGCUCUUUUCUGGGAUUUUUGGUCAGGAGCAGCAGGAACUCGAACCGGGGUCCCCAGUGUCAGCCACUGAGCCAUCGCCGAGUCGUGUGAAAACCUCCCGCCAGCCUCUGCACACCUGCUGCCGGGCACCUGGGUCCAGCUGCAGCCAGGCCAGCCUGAUUCCUCUGGCUGACAAUCACCCAGGACUGUGAAGCCAGAGCUGUGUCCAGGUGCUACUGUGCCCUACCCCACGCGGGGCACCAGCCAUCAGAGGCCAUUGGAGGUACCCCUGCUCCUCAGCUCCUCUGCCUACUGUGCUAGGACAGAAGGCGACGCCCACACUGCCUGGGCACAGAGGCCACAGCAACAGGGCAGGGAAGGGGGGGACAGAUGGCGGCAGAAGCCAGGUUUCCGCUCCUGAGGAUGGGGUGGCGGGCCCUGGCCUCCCUGAGCUCCAGCUCCUGAUGCGGGGAAGGUCACUCCGGACGGAGGGGGCCCCACCCCUUCAGAGUCUGCGUGCGUGGAGCUCCUGCUCCAAGUACCUGUGCUGGGGUCCUGGAGACCCGGACGUGAUCUCUGGCCUGGGGGUCAGGACAGAUGCCUGAGGCAUUUAACACGCGUCAGGGAGGCGCUGACACUCCCCUGGACUCCGCAUGACGCGGCUGUUCUGAAGGCCCCUGGGGCACCUGUCUUCACUCGCUGGGGGGAGCAGUGCCUGGCUUCGUCUCGUCGACAGGGGUGUUAGGAUCCUCCCUCCUGAAUGGUCCGUUUACAGUUUCUGUUAUGCUGCCUUUCAAUGACAGGAUAGUUUUUAAAAGGAAAGACAGGCCCAGGUGGCUCCCAGAAUGUAUGACACUCGCCAGGUAAGCCAGGUAGAACCCCCGGCCGGACCUCCUGCCCCUGGGGCCGGCGGAGAGCCUGACAGGUGUCCCUCCGCCUGACAGGUGUCCGAGGCGGGUGCCAGGCUGAGCCAUCCCUUCUCCGAAGCCCUGGCCUCACGCCCUGGGGCAUUUCUGAGGGGGCACCCCCCCCCCGCCAGCUCCUGCGCUGGGGCUUGUCAGGUGCAGCCACGGGGCACCUAAAGCCUGCGAGGAAGCUGAGGCUCUAACCCUUCCUGAGGCUCACUUCCCUCCCUGCUGUUCAGGGCAGGCUUCCCCAACUUCUCUGGCCUGUCACCUGGGGGAUAGGAACAAGCCCCUCCCAGAGAGCAGAUCUCUUGGGGACAAAGAGCAAUAACCACGCCUUCUCAAGUUCCGCCUGCUUCUAACAGUUUUCUGGCGAUGGAUUAAAAGGAGGCCUUUGACACCACGGACAGCACUGGACGAGGCUGACUGCCGGGCAGGUACAGGGCGAGCUCACCUCGGCAGCGCGGGCGUCCCUCGUGACCUUCCCGGGCUCUAGCCCUUCUUCUUUUCCUGCUUCCCCCAAGACAGAUCUAAAGAGGAUUCUUUGGAGGUGGCUGGGGAUGGGGGGCAAUUGGUGGGCAGAUCUGUGAGGACCAGAGUGGAAGCCCCGCUUCCCUGGGGCUCCUGCCCUGCCCCCACUGCAGAAGGUGGGCGCUACGCCAGCUGCUGCUGGUGCGAUGUGAACAGAGCAGGGGCCCAUCUGGGGUCGCCCGCUGCAGCCUUGGUCAUCUGGUGGCGUCAGAUGUGCAGCCCCUGCAUCCAGGGUCCCCACCUCCUGUGGACCUGCCCCUCCUCCAUUCUCACAAGUGGCAUUCAGCCUGUUUGCAUUUUCUAAAUUUUUGGACCAGAAACAAAAUGAAGAUUUUCCUAAAUUAUUUGUGAGGCAGUUUCUAGCAAAGCUGCUUUUGAGCCUUCUCUGCGGCUGUGUUCCGUCCGCCUCCCCUUCCCCGGGUCGUCCAAGUGUUGGGUGUUUCCGGGACAGCCCUGCACCGAGUCAAAGCCUGUGGCCUGGCUUGGCCUUUUGUCUAAUGACUGUACAGACAUGCCGUGUUUUUCAGUUAGCUUUGACUGGUAGUUUUAUAAGAUGUUCUUUUCACUGAACCAUUGCAUACACGCAUGUACCAGCACUAACGCUGGGUGUCACCUGCUGUGUUGGGUCCGUUCCUCCUGUGUCUGUGGUCAUUGUCUGUGCCUUUGUGAAUGAGCUCUGAUCCAGGCUUCCACGUCUGGUUACCUGCUUACUUAUAUGAGUACAGAGACGUAGAGAGGUCUAGCUUUCAAGGAAAUUUCCACUACUGAGUGGCAUAAAAAGCUUUUUUGAAAAAAAUUUCAAUAGUCAUAAUUUCCUGCACAUCAGCAUUAAUAUAAUCCGCCUUGGAAAGCUGAUCAUACUCUUGCAAAAUCCAAAAUGUGUCUUUAAUUUGGGACAAAUAAACAUGACGAAUCAAACAAAAAGUGCUGCACAAAGACCAUCAGCUGAAUGCAGCUGUGCGGGAAGUACUCUUCCCCAACCUAGUGAGUGGGCUUUGCUUCCCGGCGUGGCACCGGGUUAGUGACGGCCAGUGGCUGUCACAGAAACACAACACAUCUCUUGAGGCCCAUCCGAGUGAUGUGCCUGAAAUAUCUUUGCUCUUUCCCUGGGUCGGGAAAGUGAAGGUCCCGUCACAGUUGGAAGUCCUCUUCCAUUUGCUUUUGACCAGUGUCGUCACUAAAGGCUCCGUUCUUUUCCAAAAUGUGUAUGUGCCCCGGUCGGGACCUCCGCCUCCUCCUCCUCCUGCUUCUCUUCUUCCUCGUCCCCUUCUUAUUCUUUUUGGCCACACCCAACAGCAUGGGGAAAUUCCUGGGUCGGGAAUUGAACCCGUGCCACAGCAGGGACCCAAGCUGCUGCAGUGACAACGCCGGAUCCUUCACCCUCUGCACCACAAGGGAGCUCUGGGACCUCUUCCUUUUCCGAGUUUAUCCUCACAGCAACCCUGGUGGAUCUACCUGUUUUUCUGCCUCUGCUGAGGAGCCAAGAGCAGUCGGGAGGUUGUGCUGACCAAGGGUUGGCUAUUCCCCGGGCAGUUUGGGGUGUAAAACCCUCCAGCUUGCUGCCUCUGAAGUACUUCUUCCUGUUCUGCCGAGGGCUCCAAUUUGGAGUUUGAUGGCCAUUGAAUCCAUACCUAGAUGUCCAAACUGAGGCGGAAACUGUUCUUAUUAGCGAAGUCUUUGUGUGUUUUUCAGUUUCUAUUUGAGGAAAACUGGCAUUCCAACCCAUGUGCUGUUUCUAGACUGCAGAUGUACGAGUUGAGUCUGGACCUGCCAGGGUGUGUUGUGGGCGCCCUGCUGUGGAGGCCACAGUGAGGGUGACUCCCACACUGAGAAACUUGAAAAUUGUACCAGUAAUUGUCUGUAUCAGAACCAAAUUAUAUUUGCUUUAUACCAAACAAAACUGUGGAGAACUAAAAGUACAUUGUACAGGAUGUCUGUGGUUUAUAUUUCACCUGUUUCAGUAUUUAUGUGAUUAAAUCAAUUCUUUCCAGAAAGUAGUUGUUAAGUAACUCAAGUCACUGCAAAUUCUGCCAUAGUAAUACCUCGAUGCUCUGUAAUUAAUCCUGUGGAUGCCUCCCGGCUAUUUUUGUCUGAAGUAAGCCACUAAAUUAAGCAACUAUCUAAGGCUCUUGGUCUGCAAAAGUAAAAUAAAUGUUAAAUGUG